AUGAGAAAGCUGUGUUUUAACCCCAAGACGCCGUCGUUUGCCUUGGCCCGCAAUUCUCCUUCUUCGCCAGUAUCUUCAACCUCAUGCCCAACACCUCCCAGGUUGAGCUUUUCGGAACCUACCAGCAUCGACGAAGAUAGCUUCAUCGAGGAAGCAGAGGCACUCAUACUGAAAUGGAACCCUGACUCCUCCGCCUACGCCAAAGUCACUUCCCUAUUUUACCAAGAUAAAAUCGAAGCCAAACACUACAUUAACUGCGUUAACCAGCUUCACCAAACCAUGCAUUCCUUGCUCUCUCACAACCCUUCCUCCCCCAAACUCAUCCUCGCUCACAAAUUAAUGCAGAUCGCCAUGAAGAGACUCAAGAAAGAGUUCUACCAGAUCUUGUCCAUGAACCGCGCUCACCUUGACCCCGAAUCAGUCUCCGCCAGAUCCUCUCGUACAUCCGCCAAUUCCAGCUCCUCCGAUUACGACGACGACUUCGCCGCCGAAGACGACGAUAUCCGCGUUGCCGGCGACUCUAUAUCUGAAGUCGAGCAGGUUUCGUCGGCCGCCAUGGCGGAUCUGAAAUUAAUCGCCGACUGCAUGGUCUCCUCUGGUUACGCGAAAGAGUGCGUCAGCGUUUACAUCAUCAUCAGAAAAUCCAUAAUUGACGAAGGACUCUAUCGCCUCGGCGUUGAGAAACUGAGCUCCUCGCGCGCUAACAAGAUGGACUGGGAAGUGCUUGAUUUGAAAAUAAAGAGUUGGUUAGAGGCAGUAAGGAUUUCCGUUAGAACGCUCUUCAACGGAGAGAGAAUCCUCUGCGACCACGUCUUCAGUUACUCAGAUUCCGUAAGAGAAUCUUGCUUCGCCGAGAUUUCCAGAGACGGCGCCUCUCUCCUUUUCGGAUUCCCCGAACUCGUCGCCAAUACAAAGAAAUCGUCGCCGGAGAAGCUGUUCCGUGUGCUCGACAUGCACGCUGUUUCUUCAGAACUGUGGCCGGAAAUCGAGUCCAUCUUCUCCUCAGAUUAUAGCUCCGGCGUGCGUUCUCAGGCCCUGGCUUCACUUCAACGACUCACCGAGUCCGCGCAAUUCUUGCUCGCAGAAUUUGAGGCCACGAUUCAGAAAGACUCUUCCAAGUCUGCUGUGAACGGUGGUGGCGUGCACUCGCUCACGAUUCAGAGUAUGAAUUACCUCUCAAUACUGGCAGAUUACGUCAACGUUCUCUCUGACAUAUUCCCGCGCGACUGGAUUCCGCCACCGAAGUCAUCGUCGCUGCCGGAGUCUUAUUUAUACAGUCCGGAUUCUGAUUACUCAGCGUCGACGCCGGCGCUGACGGCGCGCAUGGCGUGGCUGAUUCUCGUCCUCCUUUGCAAGCUUGACGGCAAAGCGAAGCAUUGCAAGGACGUUUCACUGUCGUACUUGUUUCUCGCAAAUAAUCUAUGGUACGUGGUGGCCAGAGUCCGAAGCUCGAACCUGCAGUACGUGCUUGGCGACGAUUGGAUCACAAAGCACGAAGCUAAGGCGAAGAGGUUCGUCGCGAACUACGAGAAGGUGGCGUGGGGAGAAGUUGUUUCAUCGCUGCCGGCAAACCCAGCCGCGACGGAGGCGAGGGUGGUGUUUGAGAACUUCAACCUCAAAUUCGAGGAGGCGUAUCGGAAGCAGAACUCGUACGUCGUAGCUGACAGAGAACUGCGAGACGAAAUAAAAGGUUCGAUCGCGAGAAGUAUAGUUCCGAGAUAUCGCGAGUGGUAUAAUGAUCUUCUUGCAACGGUUGGAUCAGUGAGGGAGUUGACGGUGACGGUGUAUGUCACGUUUACCCCUCAAGACAUUGAAAAUUACCUCGCUAACCUCUUCCUUUUUGGGAAGUCAUCCAGUGCCGUAUCGUCCUCCUCGUCGGUAACUUCGUCCCCUCUCCGGCGUUGGAGUUAA